ACACCGUGUGACAGCCCAGAUUUGGCUGCUGCCAUUGAUCUCUCUCUCUCUCUCUCUCUCUCUCUCUCUCUCUCUCUCUACCAGGAGAUGGACUCAUGUCACUAAAAUGUGUUCUUAUUAUUGUCGUAGAAGCUGGAAGGGUCGUGUGUUGUUUGAGCAGUGACGAGUUCCUUCUUUUCGUCCAAUCUCAUGUAACACCUGACAAAACAUGUGAAUGAGGACCUUGAAAGAUGGUUUAGCCUACCAGGCGAGAGCAGUCAAGUCCGGCUUUGUCCCCAGCACUUUCUUGUUCAACCAGCUUAUCCGCCUCUACUCCCAGAAUGGCCUCUUGCGAUAUGCCCACAAGCUGUUCGACGAAAUGCCUCAGCGGAAUGUGUACUCUUGGAAUGCCCUGAUCUCGGCUUACGUAAAAGCUCGGAACUUGACCCGAGCGAGAGCAUUGUUUGACUCCGCCACCGACAGGGACUUGGUGACUUGUAAUUCGAUACUGGCCGGCUACGUGACCGUCGAAGGACAUGAGGAUGAUGCGCUCGGAUGGUUUGGCAAGAUGCAGUCGAUGCGUGAUCGUCUUAAGUUCGACGAGUUUACUUUGACAGCGAUGCUUAACUUGGUGGCGAAGUUACGUGUGGGGUGUUAUGGGACGCAGUUGCAUGCUUAUUUGGUGAGUACGGGGAAUGAUACGGAUGGGUAUGUCAUGAGCUCCUUAAUUGACAUGUACUCUAAAUGUGGGAGUUUCAGAGAAGCGUACAGGGUGUUCUGUGAAUCAAAAGUGGAGGUUGAUUUGGUUUCCAAGAAUGCGAUGAUGGCAGCUUGUUGUAGGGAAGCUAAGAUGGAAAUGGCUUUGGAUCUCUUCCAGAGAUUGCCCAAGUUAAAUGAUACAGUGUCUUGGAAUACUUUGAUUUCCGGCUAUGCACAGAAUGGUUUUGAGGAGGAAUCCUUGAAUUUAUUUAUAAAAAUGAGGGACGGUGGAUUUAGGUGGAAUGAGCACACAUUCGCUAGUGUUCUGAAUGCUUGCUCCAGCAUGCGGAAUUCAAAGCUUGGAAAGGAGAUUCAUGCUUGGGUUUUGAGAGAUGGGUUGAUAUCAAAUCUGUUUGUUAAGAGUGCCAUAGUGGAUGUUUACUGCAAGUGUGGAAAUAUGAAAUAUGCGGACUCAGUUUAUGCGACAAUUGAGUGUGAGAACUCCUUUUCGAUAACUUCUAUGAUCGUGGGUCAUUCAUCUCAAGGUAACAUGUCUGAAGCACGGAGACUUUUUGAUUCUCUGACCGAAAAGAAUUCUAUCGUGUGGACAGCUUUGUUUACUGGUUACGUCAAAGCACAGCAAUGUGAAGCUGUAUUUGAACUGGUGAAUGAAUAUAGAGGGAAUGCAAACAUUUCUUUUGAUGCACCCAUAAUCAUCUGCUUGCUAGGUGCCUGUGCAUUGCAAGCGGCACUGGAUUCUGGAAAACAAAUUCAUGCUUACUCACUGAGAACCGGAAUGGAAAUGGAGGAGAAGCUAAUUAGUGCCACGAUCGACAUGUAUUUUAAGUCUGGCAGUACUGGAUAUGCAGGAAAGAUAUUUCAAAAACUCACGGAAAGAGACUUGAUUCUCUACAAUAUCAUGAUUUCCGGUUAUGCAAAUCAUGGGCAUGAAGAUCAAGCUAUGAAGCUGUAUAAAGAAAUGUUAAAAAGAGGAUUGAAACCUGAUGAGGUCACGUUUAUUGCGCUUCUAUCUGCUUGCCGUCAUAGUGGGUUAGUAGAGAUGGGGGAAAAGUAUUUCAAGUCCAUGGUAGAAGAUUACGAAAUAGUGCCUGAAAUGGAUCACUAUGCCUGUAUGAUUGAUCUGUAUGGAAGGGCAAAUCAACUAGAAAAAGCAAUGGAUCUCAUGAAAAAAAUUCCCAGGAAUUCGGAUGCUGUGAUUUUAGGGGCUUUUUUGAAUGCCUGUAAGAUAAAUAGGAACCUCAGCCUUGCAAGAGAAGCAGCAGAGCAACUGUUGCUUAUUGAGGAAGAUAAUGGAUCUCGGUAUGUGCAGCUGGCAAAUGCAUAUGCAGCAGAGCAAAAUUGGGGGGAGAUGCGCAUGGUAAGAGAGAAAAUGAGAGGGAAGGAAACCAAGAAGCUUGCUGGCUGCAGUUGGGUGUAUCUUGAAAAUGGAAUUCAUGCAUUUACCUCUGGUGAUACAUCACAUUCAAAAGCAGAGGCUAUAUAUUCAAUCUUGGAAUUCCUAUCUGCAGAUUUACGUGCGCUAUCCAAUUCAAGUGUUGGAAAGAUUACAAGUUUAACAUCAACAUAAGGGGACAGAUGAAUUCAAAUGCUUGGGACAGGAAGGUCUACGGCUGCUUUCAAGAGCAUAGAUAUUUAGAAGAGGAUGAGAUUGUAGCACCUUCUUCAGAACCAUCGGACAGGUUAACUUGCCGAAAUCUGAGCUCGUCAUGUUGCCGGUGAUGAUCUCAUAAAGCAAGAGGCUCAAUUUGCUGAAAAUGGAAGAACCAGGAAAGAAGACCCUUUUCUGGAAGAAGACUGAUAGCCUGCAGCUGGGACUUUCGUGGACUGUCCACUGUUUGCUAAGUAAGCCACCAUUAUCUCCAAGGACUUCCUGCAAACAUGAUGGCAAAGAAACUCGAGAAGUCGCUGUCUAAGACAAGCUUGUAAAUGAAUAAAUGUAUGAAAGUGCAACAUCUUGAGGGCGAAUAAUGUGUACAAUGGUCUUAUAGUGGCUAUCUGGAUAUGCUUAUGUAGAAUGCAGGUAUGAAUUGCCAGACAAUGUCAUGGUCAUAUCAAGCUGUCUCAUUCUGGACGUAUUUCAUUCACAGUUUCAGCAUGACAGUCUUUAUGGCAUCAGGAGAAUAAGGCAGUUUUAUCUGGUGUCCAUGGUGAAUUCCCCCUAAGGUGCCGCCUGAGCAAGUGCAAAUUUGUUGAAUUCAUCUGAGUCAUUACUCUUUGGAGCUUCUGGUGAUCAGGGAUGAGAACAAAUAUGCACCAUGAUGGACAUAGCAACACUCUCCAAACUCCGUGCUGAUGGUGUACGUCUGUGAAAUAUUAUCUUGGGCAUAUGAGAAGAGUCACUUGUACUUUUCAUGAUUAAUUUUUCAGUGCGAGGAAGUUCAAGAGAGUGACAUGAAUUCAACUUGCAAAGCCAAAACAACUCCAUUGGUGUCAUAAGAACACUCAGAAAGUAUGCCCAACAUGAAUAUAUACUUAGUAGAUUCAACAGUACUUGAUUCCAAGAGCUGCCUCUCAGAUUUGCAAAUUUCAGUCAAUGUUCAAAGUUUAGUAAAAGGAAGACAGGCCUAUCCUGACAUGAUUAUGACGAAGCUAAUCACAAUGUACUGAACUUUUGAGAUCUCUCUCUCUCUCUCUCUCUUCAUGGUCUAAUACAAGUUGCGGUGGUUCAACUAUUGCGAUUUUCCAAGUCAAA